GCAGAAGUGACAUGGUGCCAUGGCUCUAUUAAUGGUGCCUAAAACGAAUUCAUUACGCCAAUUAGAUACAGGAUUAAAAUGACAGUACAAGUGGACGAGGCGGGAUAAGGUUAAGAGUCCAAAUGUAAUGUAAAACUUUCAUUUCCUCCUUCUGCCCUUUCUUACGUCAGUCCGAUCGGCUCAAAUCACGAGCCUCUUCGAGUGUUGUUUUCGCGCGGAGCUCUUAAGGUAGUUCCUGUGUUAAGUUUGUCCGCUUCACUGGGCAGUAUCUAUUUCUAUUUCACGGUAUGGCUAGAUCAGAUGUCCGGUAUACAGAAGGAGCAGCUGAAUGCAUCGCAGGUGAUCAGAAAGGCUACUGCGGUUGUGGCUCACAGAGGAUCACUUCCUGUGCCCCCCUGAACUACCGCCAGGAGGCGCUACAACUCCUCAAACUAGCGGGGCCUGUGGUGAUUUCACAGAUGAUGGUUUUCUUGAUCAGUAUCAUCAGCGUGGUGUUCUGUGGUCAUCUUGGAAAAACUGAGCUUGCUGCUGUCUCACUAGCGGCUGCUGUGGUCAACGUCAGUGGAGUCUCCAUUGGCACUGGUUUGUCUGCAACUUGUGACACACUUAUAUCCCAGACGUUUGGUAGCGGUAACCUGAAGCGUGUGGGAGUGAUACUUCAGAGAGGAGUUCUGAUUUUGUUACUGGCCUGUUUCCCAUGUUGGGCCGUCCUGGUCAACACUGAGCCCCUCCUGCUCGCUGUCAAACAGAGUCCGGAGGUUGCCAGUCUUUCACAGUUGUAUGUGGAGAUCUUCAUGCCUGCUCUACCGGCUGCAUUUAUGUACCAACUGCAAGGGAAGUACCUUCAAAAUCAGGGAAUAAUGUGGCCGCAGGUCGUAACUGGGGCAAUUGGAAACAUAUUCAAUAUCAUCAUCAACUAUAUCUUCCUUCAUCUUCUGGAGCUGGGUGUAGCUGGAUCUGCGGUUGCUAAUGCUAUCUCACAGUACAUUCUGGCUCUGCUGCUGUUUGCUUACAUUAUAUGGAAGGGACUGCACAAAGCUACAUGGGGAGGCUGGUCCAUGGACUGUCUUCAAGAGUGGGGUCUGUUUAUUCGUUUGGCCAUCCCCAGCAUGCUCAUGAUCUGUUUGUCCUGGUGGAUUUUUGAGGCCGGAGGAUUUCUAGCCGGGAUCAUUAGCGAGAAUGAACUUGGGGCACAUUCCAUUGUAUACCAACUUAUCAUAGUGGCUUACAUGGUCCCUCUUGGUUUCUCUGUAGCAGCGAGUGUACGAGUUGGAAAUGCUCUCGGCGCAGGAAACGUGGAACAAGCCAAGUUGUCCUGCAAGGUCCCUAUCAUCUGUGCAUUUAUAUGUGCCUGUUUCGUUGGAGGUAGUCUCAGCCUUGCCCGUUGUGUCAUUGGAUACAUAUUUACCACAGAGCACGACAUUAUUCAGAGGGUAUCCGAAGUCAUGGUUUUAUUUGUUUUCAUGCACAUUGGGGAUGCUAUAGCGGGUGUGGCUGCUGGCAUACUGAGAGGGGCAGGGAAGCAGCUGAUUGGUGCUCUGUGUAAUCUGGUGGCCUUGUAUUUGAUUGGCUUUCCCAUUGGUGUGUCUUUAAUGUUCGCAGCCAAGAUGGGCAUUAUGGGGCUGUGGACCGGAAUGACCAUCUGUGUCUGCCUACAGUGCACUGUUUUCUGCACAAUUUUAUACAAACUUAAUUGGACAAAAGCUGCUAAAGAGGCAUUUGAAAGAUCUGGCAUCCAGAUCAAAAAAGAACAAUGGAACACAGAAGGCCCAAAUUUGAUCCAUAUGGGGGUGGGCACUGAGAGUGCAGAGGAGACAGAGGAGGAGCCUUCCCAGAAUCAGAAGUUUACCACCACAGUGGGAGACAUUCUGCCAAAGAGGGCGCUAGUUGUACGGCGAUCACUCACAUUGAUGCUCAUGAUAGUUAUCCUGAUCUGUGGGAUCACUGCCAGCGAACUGCUAGUAACUUUAUUCAACUGAUUAACUCGUGUGUGUUGGCGGUUGGAGCGUCAGAGAAUAUAUCAUACAACAUAUACUCUCAUUUAAAGACUUGUGGACGCGCAAAUUCGUCUCCGUUCAAUCAGUUCAUAGAUGUAGUUUAUUGAUAGUUUCUUUACUUCUUUACAGCUGAAGCUUCAUAUAAAACCAUAUUAAAGCAGUAAAGGUUAUUGUAUUUGAACAUAUGAUUGCGGCGCUCAGUUCACUUCAUUCGCGCUGCAGAACUUCUACUCGCGCGUCAAUGGCCUUUGGUUUGCGCGUAAAUCACUCGCCUUUUGGCUAACUACACUGAACUGACAACAUUGUUUACGGUUCCAGUUUGUUAACUAGGUCUAUUGAAUUAGCUACACUACGUGUGAACUGUGCCUGAAUCAUAUUUUGUCUAGUUCUUUUUUAGGGGCCUGAACAGUGCAUCUAUGCAGCGUGACUCUACAAACAAAAGGCUUUAAUGGUGAUGGAGAAAAAGCCCAAGAGAUGGCGCUAUUGUACAACUUUAGAAAAUUGCUAAAAUAAAUACAGCUUGCCUCGUUUUGACAAUUCUAGGAAGUACUCUUUCUUCAAAUAAAAUUUUAAAUGUGUGUCAUCUUGCCCCUCAAAUGUGAUAUAAUCCAGAAAUGUAAUUCCCAUAGUUUCACCGCAAGGGGCGCUGCGAACCGUGAAGGUAGACCAGCCAAAUGCAAAACCAAAAUCUUAAUUUCUUGCUUAACUGAUUGACUGACUUAAUUUUGGCUGAUGUAUUUUAUUUAUUUGUAUUACUGAACAGUGAACAUAAUAAGCUCAGACUAUUUACUAGCGUUCCUGCCUCUAUUUUUUUCCUGUAAUUCUCUUAAACUGUAAGAGGUGCAGCUAUUUAAUUAUUGCAUUAGUAUUAUUAAUGUUUAUCUAUUUAUGUAUUUAUUUAGAUACAUUUAUUGCUACGGAUAGUGCAAUGUGCCUUCAAUUACAUUUAAAAUGUAUAUUUGCUGUUCAUUUAAUAUUAUUGCUCCGGGUACUUUAAGUUACUCAUCUUUUUAUUUAUUUAUUUCUUAUUUAUUUAUUUAUUUAUCUUUAUUUAUACAGGGGAACCCAAUAAGAGCACCCGGGCUCUCUUUUUCAUGGGUGCCCUGUUAAAAUAAAAAAUACAUUACAAGCCGAAUAAAGCAAACAAGACCAUAUAAAACAGCAAAAAACAGGUGCAGAUGUGUGUAUAAAAGUUAGUUAUCAGAUUAUUAAAUUGCGAUUGUGGCACCAACGUGUCCAGUUUUGCUUUUCUUUGAAGUAUCUUCCAUUUUUGUGAAGCAAAACAGCUAAAAGUCCUCUUUCCCGCUUUCUGGUGCUGCUAGUCCUGAGACUUAUACAGUCAUGUGAUCUGAUAUUUAAUGUUCCAGUAUCAAUGAUUAAGAAGCAGGUGAGGUAUUCUGCCCUGAAGGUGCACAAUAAAUACCAGCAAUAUCCUUUUUUUUUAUUUUUUACAACAA